UUUUUAAAUUAUAAAUUUCAUUAUUCAUUCUAAUUAAAAAUAGUUAUAUUUAUAAUAUAAUAUAAUGGCUGAAACUCCUUUAAUUCUUGGAUCAUCCUCCAUUUGGAGAAAAAAAGUUUUACAAGAUAUGGGUUAUAAAUUUAAAACAAUGUCACCCGAUAUUGACGAAAAAGCAAUUAGAGAUACUGAUCCCAAUAAAUUAACAUUAUUAAUUAGUAGAGCUAAAGCUGAGGCAUUAUUAGAAAGAAUUAAAUCAUCUGAUAAUGAAGAGGAUAAAAAAUCGAUUAUGAUUUGUUCAGAUCAAGUUAUCGUAUGUAAUAAUGUAAUUAGAGAGAAACCAAUUUCAGAAGAAGAAUGCAGAUCAUAUUUAGAGAGCUAUGAAUUCCAUCCAGCCGUUGCUGUUGUCAGUGUUGUAGUCGUUAAUAUUGCAACUGGUAAAAUUGUAGAAGGUACAGCAGUUGCUACCCAACAUUUCAAUAAAUUACCAAACGAAUUUAUUGAUAAAUUAAUUAAACAAGGUGAUGUUAUGCAUUGUGCAGGUGGUUUUACCGUUGAACAUAUGUCUGAUUACACUGGUCCAUUAGAUGGCGAAAUUGAAACCAUCAUGGGUUUACCAAAAACUCUUACAACUGAAUUAAUUGAAAAGGUUAAAAUUUAAUAAAAGUGAAUAUUUCAAAUGUUUUUUUUAUCCACAAUAAC